UAAGUAUUAAACGUACAUAAUAUGAGUGCUAAUAAAGUAGAAGCUAGUUUUGUGCAAGCUCAAUCAGAUAACCUUCCAAAAGUGGAUUCUUUCAUGGUAUUUGAUUAUCUAAGUAAUCAUUCUAAGUUCACCAGCGCCGAAAUCCGUGGUUGGAAACUACAAAGGUAAGGGUGCUGCUUAUUUAUCUACGUUCGUAGGUACUUAUUAGUAAUCUUUAGGAAUAAGCUGUAUAGGUAAAUGAAAGAAAGAAUGAAUGUUGUAUAGUUACAGGGACGUAUUCAUAACUUAUGAAUAAAGUGCUUAUAGUAUCUUGAUAAAAGGAAUGUUGUCUUCGUUCAUACAUAUGUAGAUCAUUUUGCAGAUGGUUUUUUAACUUACUUGCAUUUUAUUUAGUGCAUGGUUCCCUACACUUGCUGAUCUAUGACAGAAACCUUAAUAUUGGUUGCCAAUGGCAGUUUUUUUUUUGUCAUCUUGCUCAUUGUUACAAAUCAUUCGUUCAGUAUGUAUUUAAGUAGGAUGACUUGUAUUGUAUAAAUGAAAAGUGUAUAUAAUACUAGCGAACGCCCGAGGCUUCGUACGCAUAGACUACUAUUUAUUUAUCGUAGAGGAACCGUGUAUUUUUCCGAGAUAAAAUACUUUUUAUACCAGAAAAAUGCACGGUUGCUGUAAAAUUUCAUACAUAUCUGUUCAGCAGUUUUUGCUUGAAAGAGGAGCAAAGAUCCAUUCAUCCUCAUAAACUUUCACAUUUAUAAUAUUAGUCGGAAGUAAGAUAGUAGGAUAGGAUAGAAUGUUGUUAUUUGUAUAUUUUUAUUUGUUUUUUUUUUAUUUAUUACAGAUCAGCACGUGAAACCUAUGGAGAUGAUGCUGUAGGAUUUGUUCAAGUCCAGAGGUCGGGACAUGUAUGUACGGUAAAAGCAAAAAUAACGCCUGAACAUAGAAUAAAAAGUAAAGCGUAUAGCUGUACAUUUACAUGUGAUGAAAAAGAGGAAAUGGUUUUGAACGUGAACUGUCAUGACUGUGCUGCUCAAAAGGGAGGCUGCAAACAUAGCGUAGCAUUUUUGAUGUGGCUUCAUAGACGCAGCGAAGAGCCAUCUCCUACUGAAAAAAAAUGUUACUGGGCCAAACCAAAGCUGGCUACUAUAGGUACUAAAUUUAUAAAAGCUAAAGAUAUGGGUCCCAGCUCAGUUACUACUGAAGAUAAAAAUACUGAUAACACCAAUUCAGAUCAGUUUUUCCUAGCAGUUGUGCAAAGCCUAAAGGAAAAUUCUAUCAAAAAUCAGUUAUCAGUAUACGUUACAAAGAAUGAGUAUAAAAAAUUGUCUUUGCAUAACCUCGUUCAUCAAUACAAAAAUGAAGGCAAUAAUAUAAAUAGUGCAGAUGAUUUUAUUGAUUAUUGUUCUACUAAAAUCACCAUAGAGAAAUGUCACAAAGCAGAGGAAGCAACAGUUUGUCAAGCUAGUUCACCGUUAUGGCAUGAGUUAAGGUAUUGUAGAAUAACCGCGUCUAAAGUUCACGAAGCCGCACAUUGCAAGACUCCUGAUGGUGCUUUGAUUGAAAAAAUAUUUGGUGCCUAUGUACCAGAGACUCUGUCUAUGAAAAGAGGCAAACGAUUGGAAUCCAAUGUCAGAGCAGAAGUAGCCAAAACAAGGAAAAUAGUUAUUGAAAAUUGUGGUUUCUUUUUAAAACCUGAUUGGCCUCAUUUGGGUGCUUCUCCGGAUGGAUUGACAAGUGAAUACGUAGUAGAAAUAAAAUGUCCCUCGACAAAGAAAGGAAAGGAAAGUUUUGUAAAGAAUAGUGUUAUCGGCAGCAAAUGGAAAGCUCAAAUUCAGCUACAAAUGUUUUUUUGCAAUAAAGUCAAGGGAUUGUUUUGUGUAGCUAAUGAAAAUUUUGAAAGCAAUAAAAAAGUGGAAAUAUUUGAAGAAGAUUAUGAUGAAAAUUAUUGUACUGAUCUUUUAGAGAAGUCCACGCAUUUUUGGAAAACAUCAGUGUUUCCGAAACUGGUUGAGACUUAAAAUUAUUCUUUUAUUAAUAAUAUAACAUGUGCUUUUGAUGUUGCGAGGUUGUCC